GGUCGAUCCCAUAGUCUUGACAAGAGUACAAAGACAGAACCUGCAGCUACAUCAACGAGCAUUGCACACUCAUCAGAUGCACCACUGGGGCGUGACUAUGAUAAGCCAUGGCUGAGUCACUCACGACGUUUCAAACCACGACAAUCUGCAGAACCAGAUAUCUCAAAAACAAGUAAAAAAUCCAAGCUAGAAUGGCAGAAUGACAAAGGCAUGACAUCUUUUGAUGAGUUAUAUGAGAUCAAGAAGUGAAAAAAGAAUCUCUCAACAUUAGGAGAUCAAGGGCACCAGCUGACACUCACAGUUCCUGGGCACCUGCUGGAGAUGAUGGCAAAAUCUCCACAAGCUUGGACUACCGCAGGCAACAUCAUCGAAAUGAAAUCAGCGAGGAGGAUCUUUUGGCAGCAGAGAUUGUGCGCCCUAGUUUUCGGGAGGACUGAUGCAUCACAGACUACUGUUGACAACAUAGCUAUUGUCCCCAAAAGGAGGCAAAUGAUGAAGGGAGUACAGCAUCGAGAGCAGCUUCAGCAACUGUUGCAUAGUGAAGACACUGUUAGCACAGUCAUUCCAGAUGAUCAUCUUGGAUGAUCUUGAGGACGAGAAUCAAAGUGCUAUUGAGCUCUUAGAAAAUGCAGAAGAUCUUGAGCGUGAAGGAGUGAAAAACAUUCCAAAGUCUGGGUAUAAACUGAGCAAGAUCUUACGUGCAAGAUUGAAUGAGCCCCUUGUCAAGCUCAACAUCAAAUUUGACCCACAUACCGCUGUAGAAUACAGUAAAGCAUUAAACAAAAUUAUGAUGAAAGGCUACGAGUCUGACCAGGAAAACACAUCACCAGGUGGCCAGAACGAUAGUGAAGACGAAGAGUUUGAAAGUGUGUCCCAAGUAACUGGGCCAAGACAACCAGUGUGGCAAGUGCCAGAAUCUGAUGGCGAUUCUAGUUCUCCAAAUGGAGUUAGACCACAACAAAGGCAUGAGAAGCACCGACAUAACAGGAGACUGGCAUCUUCCGUCCCAGGACGAUUUCAUGGCAUCCCCUUAAACACUGUUACUUCAGACGUACGUGAUUUUAGAUCCAGGGGUAAUCAGACAUGGGCACCAGGUCACCACAGAGGAGAUCUGGGUAGUCUAACUGAUGCAGCACAGGAUCUGAGUUCAGAACAGGAGGUGGAAGCCGAAGGCUCCUCCUCAGCAAGAUCAGGGGGAUGGGUGCUACCUGAGGAUUCUGAUGCAGCCAGCAUCCAUGACUGGAAUCAGAGGGUCAAAGGAAAGAAGAGAGACCCUAGAGCCUACUGAUUUCAGCUGAAGAAAUGUUUAAAAAAAAUUUAAAGACUUCAAAGAGAUACCAUAGGAGAAAAGGUACCAAGGCAAGAGAUGGCAAUAUGUACACACAGGGAGGACUGAGAAAGGAAAGCUUAACAAAGCUGCA